GCAUAUCCUCUCCUGAAUACACCCCUGAGCAGCAGGUCAAGCAAGACGAUGCUGCGCGCCGAGCUGCAAGAGGAAGAGUUCCAAGAAGCAGACAUCCUAUGGCCCGAUGAGUUACCCCAGGCGUAUUUCUCUCGCAUCGGUAUCGGUGGCGGCAGCGGCGGCGACGACGACAGUGGCGAGUACUCAGGCGAGCACCGGCCGCCGUUGGAGCUGCAAGUCCCGCACCAGAAAGCUUCAUCCCCCAUCGACAUCCCCGGCCGGAAGGUCGUCGCCGGCGCCGUCGGUGCAAGAGGUCCGCAAGUACCGGGUCGGUACAGCUGCAAGUUCGGCGCGAGCCACGCCGGCGUUGGUGCCGGUAGCGUCGUCGUCGGCAGCCAUGUCUUCGUGCCGCCGCACGUCAUCGUCGACCGGAGGGCCAAGAGGGACAAGGCGAAUCAGGCGAUGAUGAUGCUCGUCGUGCCCAGCGGGAGGGCCAGCAGGAGGAAGAUGCGCGAGUAGUGCCGCAAAUUUUGUCGGAAAUAAUACAGUAAUGCUCUCUCGUUUCACUUGUUGGAGGAGCAGUUUUGAGUCCGUAGGUACGGGUUUUGCAUGUGUGAAGAAUUGAAAAUUGACGUGACGCGAGCGAGAGUACUAUGAGGGCUAGCAAGCUCAUGUAAUUAAUUUGUUCUUGAGGAUG